AUGCUGAUGAACAAAGUACUUAGACAUCCUCUUCUUGAGAGCCCAGUAGCUUAUUUGAAGGGCUACAAUAAACAAUCAAAUGACUUAUAUGCAACAAAAUAUUACGAUACAACUCAGUUGAAGCUCAAUCCAUUUGCACAAGCAUUGACCAGUGUUAAACGAAUACCUGGUCCUGAAAGAGUAUUACCUACUGGGAACUUACUAAAGUUAACCGUUGAAAAGAAUCCACAAUCAACAGGGCCUAGGGAUAAAUAUUGGCUUUUCCCUAUUUUAGAUUCCAAUAUUAAGUCAGAAAGAUUCACUCCAUUGAGAUAUUUGAUUAAUAAUAAAAAGUAUAUGAUUUCCUUGUCAUUGGAAUUCCCCGUACAAGCUGACUACUUGACUCCAAAGGACUUUAUUGAAAAAAACAAAGGGAAAUCUAGAGGUUCCACAGUUUGGCAACCAGGUUGGAUGGAAUCGAUGGAAAAAUUGUAUGUGGAUAGAAUCAAUGAACUUAUGAAAGAUAUUGAUACCAAUAUUAAAGAAGGAAGCCAUGGUAUUUUGUUAAAGGAUUUAGGCGAAAAUGAAGUUCAAAUUGAUGGACUGGUUGUUUUGAUUGAUAAGAAGUUUAUCUUUGGUGAUGAAAUACCAUCAUGGGAUCAACUCUUUCUAGAAUUUGCUAAAUAUCCUGAACUUACCAAGACGCUUAUUAAUUUGGCAGAUUAUAAACUGUGA